AAUCAGUGCCCUACAGGACCGGUCUGGCCGUUCCACGGGGGCUGCCACACUAGAGCAGAUGUCUGCGGGCCAGAUGUUCGCCUUUGCCAUAUGCAUUCUAGAAGUGAGUGUCCUGACAGCCAGGCCCACUCCCAAAUUCUAGAGGCUGCCUACAUUCCUUGGCUCAUGACCUCCUUCCAUCUCCAGAGCCAGCAACAGCCAGCAGAGUCCUUUUUCACGCUUUGAAUUUCUCCUGCUUCUUCUGUCUUCACAUUUCUCUGAAGAACUCCUGCUUUUACGAGCUCACAUGUUUGGAAUGGGACCACCCAGAUAAUACAGGAUAAUCUCUUAACCACAUCUGCAAGGUCACUUUUGCCAUUUAUGCCCCAGAGCCAGAACAACAGAGUGGCACUCCAUUGCCCAUAGACUGCAGAAUGAGCUCCUGGAGCGGAUGGUCGGAAUGUGACCCUUGCCUCAGACAAAUGUUUCGCUCAAGGAGCAUUGAAGUCUUUGGACAAUUUAAUGGGCAAAGGUGCGUGGAUGCUGUGGGAGACAGACGACAGUGUGUGCCCACUGAGGCCUGCGAAGAGGUUGAGGAUGACUGUGGAAAUGACUUUCAGUGCGGUACAGGCAGAUGCAUAAAGAAGCGACUUCUGUGUAACGGUGACAAUGACUGCGGAGACUUUUCAGAUGAGGAUGAUUGUGAAAAUGACCCCCGUCCCCCAUGCCGGGAGAAAGUGGUGGAGGAAUCCGAGCUGGCGCGGACUGCAGGCUACGGGAUCAACAUCUUAGGGAUGGAUCCCCUAAGCACACCUUUUGACAACGAGUACUACAAUGGACUCUGUGACCGAGUUCGGGAUGGAAACACCUUGACCUACUACCGCAAACCCUGGAACCUGGCUUCUUUGGCCUACGAAACCAAAGCUGAUAAAAAUUUUAGAAUUGAACAUUAUGAACAACAGAUUCAAGCAUUCAGGAGUGUCAUCGAAGAGAGGAGGUCACAUUUUAAUGCAGAUUUCACACUAAAAUUUACACCUACUGAAGCAAAAAAGUCUAAACAGGAACCUGAAGAAUCCUCUAAUGGAACAGACACCUCAGAAAAUAGAAUAUUUCGAUUUGCAUACUCCAAAAAUGAAACUUACCAACUGUUCUUGUCAUAUUCUUCUAAGAAGGAAAAAAUGUUUCUGCAUGUGAAAGGAGUAAUUCAACUGGGAAAAUUUGUGAUGAGAAGUCGGGAUGUUGUUCUGACAACAACUUUCUUGGAUGAUAUAAAAGCUCUGCCAACUGCCUAUGAAAAGGGAGAAUAUUUUGCAUUUUUGGAAACCUAUGGCACCCACUACAGUAGCUCUGGGUCUCUAGGAGGCCUCUAUGAACUAAUAUAUGUUUUGGAUAAAGCGUCCAUGGACCAGAAAGGUGUUGAACUGAGGGACAUACAGAGAUGCCUUGGGUUUAAUCUGGACUUAUCUCUGAAGGAUAAAUAUGAAGUUACAGCAAAGAUUGAUAAAAAUGAUUGUUUAAAGAGGAAUGAGAAGGAAAUUGUAAACAUCACGGAUGGUAGCCUCAUAGAUGAUGUUAUUUCACUCAUAAGAGGAGGAACCAGAAAAUAUGCAUUUGAACUGAAAGAGAAGCUUCUCAAAGGAGCCAAGACGGUUAAUGUGGCUGACUUUGUAAAUUGGGCCUCUUCCUUAAAUGACGCUCCGGUGCUCAUAAGUCAAAGACUGUCUCCUAUAUAUAAUCUGAUUCCAGUGAAAAUGAAAGAUGCACACCAAAAGAAACAAAAUUUGGAAAGAGCCAUUGAAGAUUAUAUCAAUGAAUUCAGUGUAAGAAAAUGCCAUCCUUGCCAAAAUGGAGGUACAGUGAUUCAGAUGGACGGACAAUGUUUGUGCUCUUGCCCAAUCGCAUUUGAGGGAAUUGCCUGUGAAACCGGAAAGAAAAAGAUCUCUUAAGGAUGGCCAGACCAGAAAAACAGAGCUGUUGCUUCCCUGGGAUUGUAUGGAAAG